UUCUCAAAUUUGACCAAUCACAGCUUCGCAUUCCACCCCCGUCAAAGCCGCCUACCAAGCCAUAGCUAGCUUGAUAUCCAUUCAGGAAGAAGUGGGUCUGAUUAGCUUUGCUAUCUUAGAUUGCUAAACAUCUUUAUAGUGCAAAAAUGGCGUCGGUCAACCCGUUUAAUCUCAGUGAUUCUGAGGAAGAGGCUGAACGGCGCCCCAAUGAAACAGUUCACACAGAGAGAAACCAGAGUGAAGGGGCACCAGGGCCGCCACCAGGUAAUCCGUUCUCCCCGCCUGCGGACGCCGAGCCACCGACGCUUCUGCUGUCUAGCAACCGGACGAGCCCCAGCGGUGAGGGCUCGGUCUCGGUCGCGGCCACCUCCGCUAUGGCAGGCACCGCAGAGACACGGAUAUCAGUGGAUGGUGUCGCUGCUCAGCUAUUACGGGACCAAUACAUUCUCACGGCCCUGGAGUUCCACACAGAACUGUUAGAAGCAGGCAGAGAGCUCCCGAGGCUGAGGGAUUAUUUCUCUAACCCUGGGAACUUCGAGCGACAGAGCGGCACUCCGCCUGCCAAGGACCAGGUACUCGGACCUGGAGGACCACUGCAUCGAGCAGGCAGCAUCAGCACCUUGGACUCUCUGGACUUUGCCCGUUACUCAGAUGACGGCAACCGAGAGUCGGACGAGCGCGUGGCAGUGCUGGAGUUUGAGCUACGGAAAGCAAAGGAGACCAUUCAGGCUCUACGCGCCAACUUGACUCAGGCAGCAGAAAGUGAAGUGACCUCUCAGGAGAGAAAAAACUUCAAGUCAAGUCCUGAAAUUCAGGAGCCUAUACGCCCACUGGAGAAAAGAGCCUUGAACUUCCUUGUGAAUGAAUAUUUAUUAAAACAUGACCACAAACUCUCAUCCAUCACCUUCUCUGAUGAAAAUGAUGAUCAGGACUUUGAGUUGUGGGAUGAUGUCGGCCUCAACAUCCCAAAACCUCCCGACCUGUUACAUCUCUACAGGAACUGUGGUGUCUCCGUCCCUUCUCCUCGGGACAUGGUUGAUGUGUCAGUAGAGGUGGACUUUGGCGAUCUUCCAGGAAACUGCAUCGCCCAAGAUCCCCCAAAGAAGCCCGACCUCUUACAUCAGCAACAGACAGAAGUCGUCCAGGAGUUGGAAUACCAGAUAAGCCUCCUCACCAAUGAGAAGCAGAGUCUAGCAGAGCAAAUCAAGAAACUGCAGAGUGAGAUUCAGACACUGAAGAGGACUGUUUCCUCCCCAUCUCCAGCCACUCUGGACCUGGGCUCCCUCAAUAUAUCGUACUCCACAACCACCACUUCAUCCAUCGACUCUCUCUCCGUGCCUCCUACAGAUAAUGGCCAGUAUCUGGACAUCCGGAGGAUUUCAGAGCCUGAAACUAACCCAGACCCUCCCUCUUCUCAGAACAUUUCACAUCCUCACCCACAGUCCCACAACAAGCUUAAGAGUCGGCCAUCUUUCCAGUUUGAUCAACCUAAAAGAAAGUUAUCCCCGGCCUUCCAGCAAGCCCUGCUGUCUUUCUGCAGAAUGUGCUCCGACAGCCGCCUGGGAGCAGAGGUGUCUCGUAUAGCAGACAGUGAGGAGAGUGUGAUGUUAAUGCUGGGCCGCUGCCUCCCUCACAUCGUCCCUAACGUCCUGCUUGCUAAACGAGAGAGAAUGGUUGCACAUCUUUGCCAGGAGUUGAUUCCACUCAUCUUAUGUACCGCCUGCCUUCACCCAGAGCCUAAAGAGAGAGACCAGCUUCUCCACAUCCUCUUCAACCUAAUCAAGAGACCUGAUGACGAGCAGAGGAUCUUGACAGGGGUUGGCGUUGCAAGGCACGUGGGUCCCACACGUGUCGAGGCUGAACUACUUCCUCAGUGCUGGGAACAGAUUAACCACAAAUAUCCAGAGAGGAGAUUGUUGGUGGCAGAGUCCUGUGGAGCCUUAGCACCAUACCUGCCUAAGGAGAUCCGUAGCUCCUUGGUGUUGUCCAUGUUGCAGCAGAUGCUCACUGAGGAUAAGGCUGACAUGGUCAGAGAGGCUGUGGUCAAGAGUCUAGGUAUCAUCAUGGGUUACAUAGACGACCCUGACAAGUACUCCCAGGGUUUUGAGCUGAUGCUGCUGUCACUUGGAGACCCGUCAGAGCGGGUGGUCAGUGCAGUCCACCAGGUCUUCAUUCCUGCCUUUGCUGCCUGGACCACAGAGCUGGGCACCCUGCAAACUGCACUCAUCCCUUCUCUGUUGGCACGUAUAGAGAAACUACUUAUGCAAGGAGAGCAUGGUUUGGAUGAACACAAGCUACACGUGUUCCUGUCGGCCCUGCAGUCUCUCACCCCUCCUCUGUUUGCUGUAGUGCUGCAGAGCGCACCAUUCACCAGCAGAGCCAAACUCACCGGAGACGUACCUGCAAUAGAAGUGACUCGGUUCCCCAGGCCAGCUUCUCCCCUCCAGGAUGUGGCGACCAUCAUCGGCAGCAGGGAGAUGCUGAGUGCCCUGCUGCUACUCUACGACUACCAGCUAGAACAUGAAGGAACCACCGGCUGGGACAGCCUGCUAUGGGUGGUCAACCAACUCCUCCCGCAGCUCAUAGAGAUCGUAGGUCGUAUCAACGUGACAUCAUCGACCUGCGUUCAUGAGUUCUCUCGCUUCUUCUGGAGGCUCUGUCGCACCUUUGGCAAGAUUUUUACCAACACUAAGGUUAAACCACAGUUUCAAGAGAUCCUCCGACUAUCUGAAGAAAAUGUUGAUGUUUCAGCAGGGAACGAUAUUCUCACUAAAGCUACAGUCCCCAUCUAUGCCACUGGAGUGCUUACUUGUUAUAACCAGGAUGAAGAUCGUAAGUUGUUGGUGGGUUUCCUAGAGGAUGUUAUGACAACCCUAUCUCUGUCCCAUGCACCUCUUGACAGCCUGAAGGCCUCCUUUGUAGAGCUGGGUGCCAACCCAGUGUACCAUGAACUGCUGCUCACUGUCCUGUGGUAUGGGGUAGUCCAUACCUCUGCACUGGUACGGUGUACUGCAGCACGGAUGUUUAGAUCUCUGCUCGUGAAGGGGGUGAAUGAGACGCUGGUAGCUCAGAGAGUGGUGCCGGCUCUCAUCACACUGUCUUCCGACCCUGAAAUCUCAGUGAGGAUAUCUACUAUCCCUGCCUUUGGUACCAUCAUGGAGACAGUCACACAAAAAGAGCUGCUGGAGCGUGUAAAAAUGCAGCUGGCAUCAUUCCUGGAAGACCCUCAGUAUCAAGAUCAGCACUCUUUGCACAUGGAAAUCAUCAGGACGUUUGGAAGGGUUGGACCUAAUGCAGAGCCACGCUUUAGAGAUGAGUUCGUGUUACCGCAUCUUCACAAGCUUGCGCUGGCUAACAACAGCCAGACGGUGGAGAGCAAGAGGAUUGACAUCGCCACCCAGCUGUUUGAGGCCUACAGUGCCCUCUCCUGCUGCUUCAUUUCUGAGGAGGUGAUGGUCAACCACUUCCUGCCUGGCCUCAGGUGUCUCCGCGCCGACAUGGAGCAACUCUCUCCUGAGCACGAGGUCAUUCUGAGUUCUAUGAUCAAGGAGUGUGAAAUCAAGGUGGAAAACCGAGGAAUGGCAGACGCACAAGGCUCCAUGUCCAUCGCCUCCAGUUUGGUUGGUGAGGAUGCCAAGACCAAGUUCCUGAGCAAGAUGGGACAGCUAACCACCUCUGGUGCAAUGCUGGCCAACGUCUUCCAGAGAAAGAAGUGAUCACUAUACAGACUGAUCGACCACUGCAAUUAACUGACGAUUCCCUGCUGUCUUCGGAAGCAUUUCAUUCUACUGAGGGGAAAAAAGCAUUGGUUCAGCUUUAAGUAUCAGAAAACCACGUGUAUUGCUUAUUCAAUUUCAAGAAAUCAAGGUUUGCUGAAAGUUGUGUUGAUUUAAAAUCUCCAGUGCAGCAGGACUCCAUGCUCUUCAAAGAUGAAAAGCAAUGGGUUUUUUUGCAGUGAAAGCGGAGGUUUUCCCUCUCUGCUCAUUUUCCUCUCCUUAAUCGAGGCGAAAGCCUUGUCCAGGACUAGGGAUUUGCUUUUUUGAAUAAUUGUUGUCAACAUUGUCAUUUCAGAAAGAUGGGAGAGAGAGAAAGAGACUGAUUUAGUAUUGAGAUGCACAUAAACUGACAACAAGGGACUUGUGUCCUGGACGUUUCAGGACUUGAAAGUCUCACAAACUUUAAAUUAGAUUUCAGCGCAGUACUUCUCGUGUCAGAAGAGCUUCACUCGUCCCUAGGAAACAAAACUUUGCUGGAUGCUGGAUUUCAUUUAGAAUUUUAAACAACAUUUUGGAGAGAAGAGUUGUGCAAUAGAUGCAUAAACUUGCAUUUGUUAUAGAAUAACUGAAAGACAACAAAAUGGCUCUGUUUAGAAUGCCUUGUACAGUGUUAUCUGUACGGCUCAGAAGUAUCACAUACUUGAAGCUACAAGGAAAAUUGUCUUGCCUUUAUUUCUUUAAAGUCUGUCACUGGUUUGUUUUGACAGCUUCGAUUUUAUAACUUAUUUAUGUCUUAAUGGGGAAAAAAAACUUAUUCCAACUUCCAAAGAAAUUUGCACUUCACUUUACUAUUUUGUUCUUUAUUAUAUUUGUUUUGAUUUAGAGUCUUAUACAUAUUGAACAUUAUCACUACUGUUAUUGUUUAUCCGUUUUGGCAAUGAAGUUAAACAGAACACUGAUCAUAACUAUUCCCUCUCUGUCCGUUGCAUCUUGUCUCUGUGUUGCAGUGUCUUUUUUUUCUAAAGUGGGUAUUUGUUUUUUUUUGUUCUCUUUCAAUAUGCUCUACAAGAAACGGUAAAUAACUGUAUCAUACACUGAACUGAAGAGGAUGGUACUCAUUAUGUAUAGUUGAAAUCAGUGUCAUGGUGUAAUAAAAGAUGGAGAUCAGUUGUGUACUUAAAUAUA